AUGGACAUCGAAAAAGCUACAAAGAUUGUGUUGGCCAAGUUGUCGAGCAUGCAGCCUUCGCCUGUGGUGAAGAAGGUCCUGGGAUACAUAUAUUUUAAGGAGCUUUCGAACACUGAGAUGAUCAGAUUAGCCAUGGGACCUGACAUACUCAUUCAUGGACUGAUAUAUAAGGCCAUGAAUACUUGUCUUGUGCCGAUAAAUCAUCCGACGCCGCCACUGAUCGAUCCUACAUUCCAUAUUGCGCACUUGCCGCCAUCGUCAUCCUAUGCGCAGGCGCUGCAAAAUCAGUCCUUUGAUCAAAAUUCCUACUUCAAAGAGCAGCACCAAAUGAUUGAUCCCUUAAAAUAUUCAAGGCAGGCUGGCGCACCCUCAGUUCCUCCUGGUUUUGCUCCGGAGAUGCAGGGCAGCCACGGUGUGCUGCCUUUGUCUCCUAGAGCAAUCGAUUAUGCCCGCAAGACUUGCCAUUAUUUUCUAAAGGGUAAUUGCAAGCAUGGCAGAAAUUGCCGAUAUCGGCAUGGGGAAGAAUCCUGUGGUUAUAAUCAAUUCAAUUCGGAGUCCCUCGAGAAAAUAGAAAUUGAAAUUGUCAAGUUGUUGGAAUCAAAAGGUGGCCCAGUGUCGAUUGCAUCCUUGCCAUUGUUAUACUUUGAAAGAUAUGGACGCCCUCUUCAGGCGGAAGGGUACCUGACGGAGAGCCAGAGGCAGAGGAGAAGUGGGCAUAACUUGUUAAAGUUUCUUCUUCAACUAAACAAAAGUAUCUGCAUAAUCGAAAGGCCUCAUGGUCAGCAUGACAUUGUCUUGGCCAAGGAUGCUGGAAAAUACAUUGACAUUCGUGGCAGUCGAUGUGAGCCUGACACUGAUGAUUGCAACGACAUAGUUACUAGCUCCCAUCAAAUAUAUAUGACUUUUCCUCCAGAAAGUACCUUUACAGAGGACGAUAUCGCCAAAUACUUUAGAGAGUAUGGCGCUGUAAGAGAUGUGAGAAUUCCUUGCCAACAAAGACGGAUGUUCGGCUUUGUGACCUUUGAGAGUACAAAAACUGUGGAGAAGAUUUUGGCGAAGAAACAUCCUCAUUUUGUUUGUGGAGCUCGUAUUGUUGUUAAGCCUUAUCAAGAGAAGUUCACCCAAUCUGGAAGGAAAUCCUCAAAAAAUUAUGUCCAUCAAAUGUAUUACCUGCCGGAAUCUAUAGGCUUUGAUGCUGAAAAUUACCCCAAAUCAAGUUCGCUGAAUUCGCUCCUCCAAAGACAGUUAAUGGAGGAUUCGGUUCUCCAAAGGCAGGUAGAGCAAGAGCAAGAGCAACGUGAUCAGAUGAUGCAUUUGGGUAUCUCCGUAGAUACUUCCAAUACUUCAAUUGUUAAUGUCGUCAAUUAUAUGUUGGAUAUAGUUUCGAGCUCUUCUACCGGCAAUGACGAUAUGCCUAAGUUAGAAGUUGAUAUGGACAGCUCUCACGAAGAACUCAAUCUCCCGGACAGCCCGUUCGCACAAUCUUCUAUGAUCAAUGCACAAUAG